AUGGAUGCCGAUGCGAGCCUUGUCGGCUCCCUCGUCGACAGGCUGGCGACCAAGUUACCUCAUCGCACGGGAACUACUACUCAAGCCUUUCCUGACGACGGCAUUCUCCCAAUAACCCGAGCUACCCUCAUUGAGCUGAGCAAGACCACGAUUGAAACCGUUCUCGAUCACCUCCUAGGCCUGCUUGAAACCCUCGCGCGCCCGUACGAAGCCGUAUCCAAACAUCCAGACCAUGUACUGCUCUCCGAACUCUAUAUCUUGGCUCUCGCUGCCGAUUGCUGUUCGGCAAAGUGGGGUUCUAUUCGUCGCAGACACAGGGGCAAAGCCAAGAAUUCGAGCGAAGAGGGCAUUGGUGGAGGCUUGGAUAAUGAUUAUGACGUCGAUGACGAUGACGACGAUGACGACGACGACGAAACUGAUGAACAAGAAGACGCAACGAGCUCGGGCGUGGGAAUUCCGUAUAAUGGGGCAUCAAGCCGCAUACCUCUACCGCUCCCAGCUGCUCUAGUCAACCGCAUAUUGGACGCUCUCAAGGUUCUACUUGAACCCUUUCCUGAGGAGCAUAUUUUGACUCCCCUUACUCUAGUUGGCCUGCAUCACAGACGGAAAACUGCCGUCUCCCAACUGCGAAGCUCGGACACAGUCGCAAACGUUCUCAGCGCUUACCAGGCUGACUUGAAUCCCAACAUCCAAGUUUUGGUAGAGUAUGUUACUGCUUCUAGCUGGCAGUCCGCUUUCGACUACUUCCGAAAUGCCAUCUACAGUAUUAGGUCUACUAUCGUCAGUGGUGGACCUGAUAUCCCGAAGCCCUCCUUGGAUGCAGAGCGAGAUGCUUUGGUAGUGGUUCGCCUUCUAUCCUUCUCUUGGGUCGACAGCACAAGAUUACGACUCUUGCUGCAAGAAAUCUGUUCCAAUUUUUUACAUUUCCGGAAGCCAUUCCAAAAUACGGCCUGCAUUGUGGUUCCUUUGCUUAUCACCAAAUGGAUCGACCGCUUUCCGCAUCAGAUGGUACAUCUUCAUCUGCAACGAAAGAGGCUGGAUGGCUCUGCGGAUACGUUGUUCGAUAUGGCCCAAAGAGUCUCCGACAACGCCAAGCGUAGAGCAGUAACAUGGCCUCUCCAGUGUAGUCUUCUGUUCCUGCUUCCGGAUGUUUUUGACAUCGCCAGCAAUCUGAAGGAAGUCAAAAGCGGUGGUGUUGUUAAGAAAGUGACAUUCCUAGAGGGCCUGAAGAAAUCUCUCAAGAAUGGGCAUGAGAUUGCCGCCCACUGCCUGGUUUCGAUCCUUCGUGUAGCUCGUCACUUUGAUGCUGAGAGUGACUCUGCUCUGGUGAGCUACGCAAUGGAUGUUCAAGAUGAAGUGCGCGAGGCAGUCUUCCGCAAUAACAGUUCUUCCACAACGCCCUCCAUGGGGGAGGUGUCUGAGAACGGGUUGUCCGAUCAAGACUCCAUCACUGUCGCUUUUGUGAGCUUGGCACACUUGAACCUUGGAGGAUCGUUGGGCAGUCUUGUUGAAACCUGCAUUUCUCCAUCUGCUCCAAGCAAUUUCAAGAUCGCUGCUGUUCAGAGUUGCCAUUAUUUCGCACAGCAACCACAGGGGUAUCAGUACCAGGAGUUAUUCCGGCUGGUUGUCCCGUUCAUGAAGUCACAACUGGAGGCCGAUAGCAUGCAAGCAUUGACUCUCAACUCAUCUUCUGAUUCUAGUAGCGCGGAUAUGAUUUGCAGCAUCUUGGAGUUUCUCAAUGCAUCACCUGACUACUUAUUGAACGAUCUAACAAACUCAGGCAGUCAUACCGGUUUCUUCAAACCAUUCUUGCUUUGUGUAUUGUCUCCUAAUGCUUCCGUGCGACAUCUUGCUAUGGCAGUCGCCGACAGCCUCUUCAACAAGAAUCAAGAACCCUUUAGAUCAUACUACAAGGAACAUAAACUAGACUCCAACGAGCUUUGCAAGGAUAUAUGGAGCCGAAGUUCUAAGGUACUCCUCAACUUGUGCGAACGGCUUGGUUCGCAAACCAACGAGUCCGAUCUGGAUACACUUCACGGCUGCUUGAGCGCUCGCCUUCUCUUGCUAAGAAACCUUCCGGAUUUGUCCGACGUCCCCCACAACAUAUCUGAGGUAGUUUCGGCCUCUUCAAAGCUCGAAACAACCUUGCUCGUGUCGCUUUGUUCCUCAAAUUCCGAAACUUGUCAACGAGUGGCUUCCUGCAUAGGAACAUUCCUAGAGGAGUGUUCUAUCGUCGAUAAGCAGGUCGAGUCUGCCAAGGCAUCUGCGUCGCUCCUUCGUAAUGGCGACGUUUUUCGGGAAAUCGCCUCCCCUGAUUUCAGGUUUACGGGUCUUGUGGCUUUCCAGAAGCGUAUCCGUGGCUUAUUGCGGCGGAUACAGUUUCCCACAACGGGGAUUAUCAAUGCGUGGGAGACUGCCUUUGACCGGUGGAUUCAUCUGGCUAAAGAAGUAUCCACUACUGCUUUUGAUGCCGUUGAUGACCAGGCCUGGAAUGACUGGCGCAAUUAUUCCGGGUUUCUAGCCUCUCUCGGCGGCAUCUGCAUUGCAGAUCAGGCUAUGAUUCAAGAAGAACCAGCCCUGGGGGGCUUGAGGUGGAUCGAUCGGCUCUCUUCAGAAAGCUAUGAGGAAACCUUUUUGACACGAUACUUACGAUUAAGCAUCCAGCUCCUCGCAUGCUCCAAUGUCAGGGUUCGUGAAGCAAUGCGGGAGGUUCUGUCAACCGAGGUAUCACCGGCACUCUAUCAGUCAUUGUUUAGAGCGCUGGAGUCGGAGCUUGAGGUUCUGUUCACUGGAGCUCUCGCCGCGGCCGAUAAGGGUCAGGAUAGUGAAAUCAUUUUCGCCGAACAGAGCGCCUCACUUCUCCGAGCUCUGGUGGAGAGACUUGAGAGCCCAUCCGAUCUUGGUGCUGCGUCGUCGAUACAUCUUGGCAGCCUGACACUCAACUUCGCAAAGUUCUUAGAUGGUGUUUCUGAUACACCAGAUACGCUCCGGGUAAAAAUUCGAGUGUGUCAUUUAAGUGAGGCUGUCACAAAGAGGAAAGAACAUUUGAUUAUCCGAGACGAUGUCCGCAUCAGAAACCAGCUCCUGGAAUACCUCUUCGGCUGGGUAGCUCGUCCCCGAUCUCCAUAUAUGGAACAGAGUUUCAACAAUGCUCGUCCGGAUGAUGUGUCACGCCUCCAGAGGGAUCUUGAUCGGGCCUGUCUGAAAUCAUUGGCUGAUCUUACCUACCGGUUACCUCUCCAGUCUUCGGAUAAUCAGACGGAUGCUGGAAUGAGUGAGAUGAAGUCUCGCAUGUUCCAUACUUACUUUAACCAAUUCCUAUCGCUCUUGAAUUAUGAUUCCGCCGAAGCGAAUCGAGCGGAGAUGUCUGCAAUUGGUCGAGAGGAAGGUAUUCCCAGUUCCGAUCUAGCAAUCUCGAUUCUUUCAAAUUUGCUCAGUGCGAAUAUUGAUGUUGGGUUGAAGCACUCGCUUAGUAUCGGCUAUCACGGGAAGCUUGAAAUCCGAACAGCCUUCGUGCGUGUCCUUUACAAUAUUCUCGUUCAAGGAACUGAGUUCAAUAAUUUGACUGAUUCCGCUGUAAGCGAGAAAUAUGAAGAGCUCCUUGAGUUAUUGACAAAAGAUUUAUCUCUUGCCAUGGCAAUGAGUUCUAUCUGCCCUAGUAAUGAGGUGGAUGAACUCGCAGUUUGCCUAUUGACCAUUUUCGAACAGAGGGGGCUUACCUUCGAGCUCUUUGAUGCGCUGAUCAAGUUGGAAGUUGAAGAAACUGAAAAUGAGUCGGAGCUGCUGCGGCGUACUUCGGUAGCAACCAAAAUGCUCUCUAUCUAUGCUAAGUGGAAGGGGUCUAAAUAUCUCAAAGACACUUUGCAAAAAGUUAUCGAGAGACUUAUGUCAACAUCAGAGGACCUUGACCUUGAACUUGAUCCAGCCCGGCUCAGUUCCGCGGAAGAGGCGCAGAAAAAUGCAAAGCAGCUUCGAAUCGUGGCCAAAGUCUUUAUUGAGCACAUCCGCGCUUCAUCAACCAAGAUCCCACCACCCUUUCGAAAAAUAUGCCACUUGAUUGUGAGUGCUGUCGAGCCUCGAUUCCCCGAGGCUAAAUACACCGCAGUUGGCGCGUUCAUAUUUCUUCGCUUUUUCUGUCCGGCGAUCGUUGCUCCUGAUGUGGAGGGGCUGGUUUCGACCGCGCCCUCCCGAGAGAUGCGUCGAGGGCUCCUUCUCGUUGCCAAGGUAAUUCAAAACCUUGCCAACAAUGUGCUUUUCGGGGUAAAGGAGCCCUACAUGUUCUCACUGAAUGAAUUCCUCGUACACAAUGUCUUCGAUAUCACAAGGUUCUUGCACGAAAUAUCAGUUCCCCCGGAUCGCAUUGAUCACCGACCGGCAGCAGAUUUGUUUGACUUCGGCUCGUGUGUGGCACUGCAUCGCUUUCUUUAUGAUCAUUGGGAUCAUGUUCGCCAAACCCUUAUAUCCAGAGAAAGACGAGAGUAUGUGCGGUCUCCUGGAGAGCUCUCUCGUGGACGGUCCCCCAUUCUAGAACCAUUUCGCAACCUCAUCUCUAAUCUUGGGCCACCCCCGCUUGCCAUAUCGUGGAAUCGCCCAGGGAUUUCAUCUAAUAACCCACCUCUAUAUUCUCGUUUCCAAAACUUUAUGCUACGGAAUGCCUUCAAAGGGUCCGAAUCAUUCCUUACCGCCCGUGCAGUGUAUGAUGGAGGCGAGAGCAAGGAUGGCCUUUCCAUCAUUUGUGUUAUCCUUCGAAAUAUUGAAUCAGAAGGAAUUGAUUAUGAUACCCUAUUGUUCUGUUACUUCAAGCUUGCAAGUAGGCUCUGGCAUGAGCCGUUUGGACUUUUCAUCGACGCUACCUGUUUCAAUGGCCGAAACGAGCCACAAGACGACAUAUUCCGUAUGCUUGAGUUACUGACACCCACGGAACUGUCACGAAGUCUUUCACGUGUGUACAUUUACAAUAUGAAUAGCGCCUUCAAGCGAUGCUUUCGGCGACUUCUACGUGUCAGCACGAGAGGUGAAGGAAGCGUGUUCCACCCAAAAAAUGUCGAGUAUCACCUUAUAGGUAGUCUCCAAGAGCUUCAAGCGCAUUUCCAGCUGAACCAGCUUCAACUACCCAAGGAGACUAUUAGUGUCGUGACAGAUACCCGCUACAUGUAUCAGCCAGUUACCCGAUUAUCCAGAUCAAAAGGCAACAUAGAAGUUGCUAUCAAAGUUGGAAGCCAGUUUGUGCAGAUCACAACAGCAAAAAAGCAAGAGGUCUUCGCAGGUUUCCGCCUAAGCACUAUAGUGAACGACAUUUUCCGUCUCGGGGACAUCGACGAAACUGCUGCGUCAAUCCAGUCUGAGGAUGAUUCAACGUUUGGCCUACGGGCUGACAAUGGGAAGAUUGUCAUGUGUUUUACCAGCCCGAAGAAGGCAGACAUUGUGAUGAGCAUUCGCAACGCGAAGACGAAAUACGGCAAAGACAGCAGGUCCCACAAACCCCCGGAAAGGCUGAUUCGACCACAAGAUGUUCCGGGAACUCUACUGAAUCUCGCGUUUACCAACCUCUCGAGUCCUGACCAGACACUCAGGCUGUCAUCUUAUAACCUGCUCGGCGCUCUUUGCAAAGCUUUCAAGUUCAGCUCUGCUUCGAGACUUGUCUGCACCCGAGAUGUCUCAAUCCCUCCCGAUUCAGUCCAAUUUAUCGUCGAGAUCAGUAAGCAGCUUGCUCAAUCAGAGCCGCAACUGACGUCGGACUUCCUCACUGAAUUCUUCGUUGGAUGGGAGAAUGUUCCUGAACACCAAAAAGCGCAGAGCUUGGCCUAUAUGGCGCCAUGGUUACCCGGACUUCGAACAAGCGUGUUGGUCUCCGAAACUGAUCCCGAUAAAGGCCGCGAAAGGGUUGCGAUACUCUUCCGGAAACUCAUCGAUGUGGCGAUUCUUGAUCAUACACUUGUCUACACUUUAGAACAAGUCGUGUGGCCAGAAGUCGCCGAUGACGAAGUGCUGUUGGACAUCUUUUUAGAUGAGCUUAUGAAAACGGCAAUGGGUUAUGGAGUUCAUGAAGAAACGCUUGACAUUAUAUCAUCCAUUGUUGUUGGGAUUGGAAGUGUAACGCUUCGUGGAAAGGUCAUGGCCAGACUUCGCAAGGCUCUCAACCGCUCAUCGUACAGACCAACAAAAUAUCUUCCAGAUAAUGCAGCCUGGGCAGAGAUCUGUAUGCUUCUCCAGUUCUGUCUUGCUCUGUCGUUCAACCAUGGAGUGCAGACACAGCUAUUCCUGCCCGAGGUGUUUCACAUUGUAACCAUGCUAUCAAAUACUGGCAACCACGCUGUAAGGAUGCUGGUAUACAAGCUGCUCAUCAACUCGGUUCAUGCAGCGUGCACCUGCUUCGUGUUGGAUGAUGCCAAGGCGAGUAGGCUCAGAGCAACUCUUGAAACUCUUUGUGAGCCUCGAGGAGACAUUUUCCCAACGCAUCCGACUUUGACUCGCGAAGGGGCCUCUAUCUCUACUAUCCAAGACUCGGGGGCCACUCUCGCAGCAACAGAGCAUCUGGCUGCCAUUUUGUUCGAUGUUUGUUCAACCGCCGCUCCCUCAGUUGAUAUUUGCAAUGCGUGGCGGUCACGUUGGAUGAGCCUGGUUGCCAGCACCGCAUUUCAGAACAACCCAGCAAUUCAACCUCGAGCAUUUACCGUCAUGGGAUACUUGGCACGGGAAGAAGUAGAUGACGAUCUGUUAUAUCAGGUUCUUGUGGCCCUGCGCAACAGUGUCAAUCGCUUUGAUGAGGAAAGCAACAGUGAAAUGCUGGUGUCCAUCACAACAUCUCUCUCCAAGAUGAUGGCCAAGCUGCCGUCUGCCUCGCGGUAUGGCCUGCAGCUCUUCUGGCUUGCCAUUUCACUCGUUCGAUUGGUCCCCACGACGUUAUUUAAUUGUGCUGCCCAAUUUCUUGAAGCAGUAUUGACGAAUAUCGGCUCUGCUGGCGAUGUCCGGGGCCAAGAUAUGGUUGAGCUAUUACUCCAAGGCAGAACGCAACUUGAAGAAGCAGCGCUUCUUCUGGACGAAACAUAUGGCAUUUACUUUAAUCAGGAGAACUUUCAUUUCGCGGUGUGUGCCUGUGUGGCCCGUGGCCUCACUGACACCAUCACAAGGCCGUCAGCACUUCGUGUGCUUUCCUCCUUCUUAGCAAUGACGACUUGGGUACCGGGCCCUGGAGCAAAUAAUAGUGAUGCUAUUGCUUCGUCCCCAUAUCUCGCACUGAUUCGUGCGAGGGCAGUCAGCCCCGAAGAGCUCAAGGAUAGCCUGUGGCUCGCGGGUAUCAGCCCUGAGGAAGCCGAUGUUGCGCUAGGGACUACCCAAGACAACCGAAACGUGAAUAAUUUUGAGGACGAUGAGCUUUUGUUGAUUACAGCUAUGGAAAUGGUCGAUUUCCAGUUUUUGGAGGAUACAGUUCAGGCGCGCAGUCUCCAGUGGUUAAACGAACUGGCACAGGCGCGCCCACAAGUCAUGCUUCAUUUAUGUAGCACGAUGCGCUCAAUCCUCGACGACGUGCUGCUACAUGGGCAAAACGCCACUACACUAGAUGCUGCGCAUACGCUACUCCGCACGCUGUCAUCAGACAGGAGAUACGUGCGGCAAUUGGACUUAAAUACCAACGUCGCAGAUGUCCUUGAAGGCAAAGGGUUUGGGGGGCUCUGGCAGUCGUGCUCAAUGGGUUCAAUGGAGGACUACCAGCGCGACUGCUUCGAGCUGACGGAGAAGCUGAUUGAGCUCAUUAUUAUUUAA